GGCCCGGCCAGGCGGCAGAGCGGGUGCCGAGAGAAGCCCCGCCGCCCCCGGGAGGGCGCCGCUGCCCUGCGCGCAGCCAGAGUGUUUCCAUAGGUCUUGGACCUAAUGAGGUAUUUUGACAACGAAGUGGGGACAAGCCCCUCCUGAAACCCAAGCUCAGCGAUGCCUUGGAAGGUCAAAUGGCUGAAUAGCUACAGCAGCCACAAUUCCCAGUCCCAAAAGCAAUGUAGGAAAUCCUCCUUCGCCUUUUACCAGGCAGUGAGGGACCUGCUGCCUGUGUGGCUUCUGGAGGACAUAAGAACAAUGGAGGCCUUUCACUGGGAGGAAGGCGGAAAGGUGAGCACCUAUUCUCCCUCUGAGGCUCUUCUCUAUGCCCUGGUGCACAACCACCAACCUUAUGCUCAGUACCUACUGAAUAAGUUUCCUGAGAGCGCCCUGGCCAUACCCAGCCAAAACUUCAGCUGCUGCCAGUCAUCAGCUCCUCACCUGGCCAUGGCAGUUCGCUACAACCGCACCCACAUCCUCUUCAGAAUACUGAAAGCCAUCAGAGGCUUUCCAGAAAGAGAGCGAGCCAACUACUUGGACCGCAGGGGAUGCAGUCGCGUGGAAGGGAGCAAAACUGUCUUGCAUGUGGCCUGUGAACUAUUGAGACCCGAAUGUUUGCUUCUAUUGCUGAGUCAUGGGGCAUCCCCCUGCUUACAUGACUGCACUGGGAAUACCCCUUUGGACAUAUUGCUCCAGCAGAUUUCUCAGACCCCAGCAGUUAACAUGUGCACCAAACUCCUCUUGCUAGACUCCCUUUUCCUCUUCAUGCCUCAGGAACUCCAAUUUUCAAUGAAACAGCAACUGCUGGACAAUCACCAGCCCUGGCAGGACCUUUUGGGAGAGAACAGAUUCCAGUGGCUGGCAGGUUUAACUCCUACAUCUCUGUUCAUCACGGCUAUGCGUGUCUUAAUCAGGAGCAUUUCACCUGAACAAUUCCCAGAGGCACUGGAAAAUCUGCCUUUGCCACAGUUUCUGAAGCCUUUAGGCUUGAAAUUGAAGAACUAGGGGAUGUACUCAAGAGCCUCAGCUUGUGUGGUUUUGGCAGCUGUGGGGCAAUGCUCUUGUUUUAAUUAGAACAUGUUUUUAAAAGGAUUGUAUCUGGCACUUUACAUAUCUUUUUAUUUAAAGAUCAUAGUAGUGAGUAAUUUUCACACCACUUUUUAUAAAAGUAUUAUAUGGUAUGUGUAACUUAAGAUACAUGGGUGUAUAUAUUUGUAAACAGGUGUAAAUAAACCAGUGGCAGAUAUGGCUG